CUGCGUUCCAGGGUCAACAGCGCCUUCUAGGGCUACAAGAUUUAUGAUGGAAGGUGUAGGAGCGCGAGUUAUUCGAGGUCCAGAUUGGAAGUGGGGCAAACAGGACGGCGGAGAAGGCCAUGUGGGUACAGUUCGUAAUUUUGAGUCGCCAGAAGAAGUAGUUGUUGUUUGGGACAAUGGCACCGCGGCAAACUACAGAUGUUCUGGUGCUUACGACUUGAGAAUACUUGAUAGUGCUCCAACCGGCGUAAAACACGAAGGGACUAUGUGUGAUACGUGUAGACAACAACCGAUUUUCGGUAUUCGCUGGAAGUGUGCUGAAUGCAGUAACUAUGAUUUAUGCUCUGUAUGCUACCAUGGUGACAAGCAUCACUUGAGGCAUAGGUUUUACCGUAUCAGUGCACUGGGAGCUCAAAGGUGUCUUGUGGAACCAAGACGUAAGAGCAAGAAACAGGCUGUCAGGGGUAUCUUUCCAGGAGCGAGAGUUGUCAGAGGGGUUGAUUGGCAAUGGGAAGAUCAAGACGGAGGCAAUGGCAGACGAGGCAAAGUGAAUGAAAUACAGGAUUGGUCUGCAGCUAGCCCCAGAUCAGCAGCGUACGUCGUAUGGGAUAAUGGAGCGAAAAAUUUGUACAGAGUUGGUUUUGAGGGAAUGGCAGAUUUAAAGGUCGUGAAUGAUGUAAAAGGACAGAAUGUCUACAAAGAACAUUUGCCACUCUUAGGGGAACUAGGCCCAGGGCGCACUGGACCCCAUGGCUUGCAAGUUGGGGAUCAGGUAAAUGUGGAUCUAGAUCUUGAGAUAGUGCAAUCCCUACAACAUGGCCAUGGAGGGUGGACAGAUGGGAUGUUUGAAUGCUUGGGCACUACUGGCACAGUCGUCGGCAUAGAUGAGGACCAUGAUAUUGUUGUCACAUAUCCCAGUGGCAAUAGAUGGACUUUCAACCCUGCUGUGUUAACAAAGGUAUGCAGCGGCAAUCUAAGCGCUUCGACGUCGUUGGGCGCUGCUGCGAGUGGCGGCUUCGCGGUCGGUGACCUCGUACAGGUCUGCUCCGACCAGGAGAGGGUGAAAGCGCUACAGCGCGGCCACGGAGAGUGGGCAGAGGCCAUGGCACCCACGCUUGGAAAAAUCGGUCGUGUACAGCAAAUUUAUCACGACAAUGACCUUAAAGUGGAAGUGUGCAACACUUCGUGGACUUACAAUCCCAACGCGGUCACUAAAGUAGCUUCAUCAGAUGGGAGCAUUCCGGGGAAUUCUUCAGGAGAACGCUUAUCUGCCCUUUUGAAGAAGCUAUUUGAGUCUCACGUGGCUGGCGACGCGAAUGAAGAGCUGGUAAAAGCGGCCGCGAAUGGCGACGCGGCGCGAUGUGGGGAUGUCUUAGCACGGACAGAUGGCGCGCAGGCUGAUGUCAACGGUGUCUUCGGAGGGCACACUGCACUGCAGGCGGCUGCUCAAAAUGGACACGUGGAAGUGAUCCGCACCUUAGUGGAGGCGGGGGCGGAGGCGGACGCGGAGGACCGCGACGGAGACCGCGCGGCGCACCACGCGGCCUUCGGUGACGAGCCGGCGGCGCUGCGGGCGCUGGCCGCCGCCGGCGCAGACCUCAACGCGCGCAACCGCCGCCGCCAGACGCCGCUGCACAUCGCCGUCAACAAGGGCCACCUGGGCGUCGUCCGGACCUUGCUGCAGCUCGACGUUCAUCCUAGCUUACAGGACUCGGAAGGGGACACUCCCCUGCACGACGCGAUUUCAAAGAAGCGCGAUGACAUGCUGACACUGCUGCUGGAGCAUGGCGCUGACAUGACGCUCACAAAUAACAACGGGUUCAACGCCCUUCACCACGCCGCACUACGUGGAAACCCAAGUGCAAUGAAGAUAAUGCUAGGCAAGCUGCCACGGCCGUGGAUCGUCGACGACGCGAAGGAUGAUGGCUAUACGGCGCUGCACCUGGCGGCGCUAAACAACCACGCCGAAGUGGCGGAGCUCCUAGUGCGCGGUGGCGCCAGGCCGGAUCUGCAGAACGCUAAUCUGCAGACCGCGCUGCACCUCGCCGUCGAACGCCAGCACACGCAGAUCGUGCGACUGCUCGUAGCACACGGCGCCGAUCUUAACAUCUGUGAUAAGGAUGGCGACACGCCUUUACACGAGGCGCUGCGGCACCAUACGUUACAGCAACUGCGACGGCUGCAGGAUGCACGUGACACAGCAUUGCUCAGCGGUCUGGCGCACACGCACGACAAGAAGUCUUCUGCUUCCAUCGCCUGCUUCCUCGCUGCGCAUGGCGCCGAUCUCUCCGUUAAGAACAAGAAAGGUCAAACGCCACUGGAUCUGUGCCCCGACCCGAACCUGUGCAAGACUUUAACAACUUGCCGCAAGGAGGGCGCGGGUUUAGGGGGAGAGGCUGCGGUCGCGAGCGAAGGCGAGCAAGCGUCCGCCGCCGCGGCGCCUCCGCCCGCCGAUGCGCCCCCGACCUACACCAGCGACCCCACCGCCGACGAGUGCCUCGUUUGCUCCGACGCCAAGCGCGACACGCUGUUCCGCCCUUGCGGGCAUAUCUGCUGCUGCAACGUGUGCGCUGCCAGGGUGAAAAAGUGCCUCGUGUGCCGCGCGGCGGUGGAGGCGCGGCAGCGCGUGGGCGAGUGCGUGGUGUGCUCGGAGGCGGCGGCCACGGUGGUGUUCCGGCCGUGCGGCGACGUGUGCGCGUGCGCCGCCUGCGCGCCGCUCAUGCGCAAGUGCGUGACGUGCCGCACGCCGCUGCAGCAGCCCGCGUCGCCGCCCUCGGCCGCCGCGCCCGGGCCCUCCUCCGGCCCCGCGCCCGCCCCGAUCGCGUCCACCUCCACUUCCAACACGCACAACCUUCACAAAAUGGACUUUGAGAAGGAGGGCAGCAGCAAUCUGGCGCAAGUGCAGGUGAACAAGGGCCAGCCGGCUCCGCUGCCGGCGGCACCCUACCACAUGAACAACGGAUCUCGCCCGGCGCCACCCGCGCCCCCAGCAACAUCCGCCACGCCACCCGUUCCCACACCCGAUGUGCAGAAGCUGCAACAGCAGCUGCAGGACAUCAAAGAACAGACAAUGUGCCCCAUCUGCCUGGACCGCCUGAAGAAUAUGAUCUUCCUAUGCGGGCACGGGAUGUGCCAGAUGUGCGGCGACCGCAUCACCGUAUGUCCAAUAUGCCGUAAGCAAGUCGAAAAGCGCAUAUUACUUUAUUAAACUCUAGUUUUAGUACUCACUAUACAACGACUAUACCACAAGCUUAAAUUAUCGUCUGUUGGAAUAACGCUUAUUUGUAUUACAUUGCCGAUCACAAUAAAACCAACACGUCGUCCAACCGUGUCGUAAUUUGAAUUGGUCCGUCAACGUCUCAGGCCUGGACAUCAUAUACAACGAAAUGUAAGUUAAUUUAUGUAUUCUAUAGGCAACAAUUAGAAUGAUAGUAUUCGUGGAAUAACGCUUGUGGCAAGGGUACAAAUUCAAGAUGCUUAUUUUAUAUUUCACAACAAACAACUUUGUCUUACGACUAGUAUAAUAUAUUCGACUAUGAACUGGCAACCGGUACUAUUUCAAUUUUCUAAAGAUUUCACUUUUCAAUACAAUUUUAUUCUAUUUCAUA